AUGUUGAAGGACCCGCUGGCGCUGUUCCUUCGUCGGGUGGUGUUCCGUUUCGUGGACGCCCCGCCGGUGCACCUGAAGCUGCGCUCGCUUCCGCGCCCGCGACCUUUGCCCCUGUUUUUCCUGUUCCUGUGUUCGUACAUGCUUUUGACCGGUGGAAUCACGUACGAUAUUAUCGUUGGACCUCCGAGUAUUGGUCAGCGUCGGGAUCCACGGACCGGGGUUCUCGUCCCGGUUGCCGUGGCCCAGGGUCAGCUCACGUCCCAGUACGUCAUCGAGGGGAUAUUCGCGUCGCUCACGCACGGGUUGGGCGUUGUCGGGCUGGUGAUCCUUGAUCAGACGCACAAGUCGCGGAUCUUUGGAGCCGGUGAGCGAGGUUUCGGCUACGUGCUCGGGUUUUCGUGCACAGCGAUCGCGAUGGUGCUGCAGCGUGUGCUCAUGUCCAUCAAGUUGCCGAACUAUCUGCGCUUCCCCGACGACUGA